AAGUAUUUCCCUUAGCAUUAAAUUUAAGCCAUACUACUACUAGUUAGAGUAAAGUGUUCUGUGACUUAGUACUACUGUUUUGUUUUGCAAUAAUGGAUAGUUCUUACUCAGAUAGUGAUAUUUCGCUUUCACCAUCGCAAGUAUUAGAAAGGCUUGAAUUGCUUAGACAGCUACAAAUAUUUCAACGGGGUAAACUACAAAAGUACAGUUCAAACCAAACUACACCUGAAAACUCUUCCAAUGUUACAGAGCUGGUAAGCCACUUCGAAAAUAGUACCAGUUACCAAUCUUUUCGAAGUUUACUGCAGUCACCUUGCGGCACUAGUCAAAACGGAUCUACAUCUAACACAAUCGAAAAACUAAAUAAACAGUCACCGAAACAUAUUAUGGAGGGAGUUGAAUUGCUAAAUUUGUCUCUGAAGUCUGAAUCUUUAAAUCAUUCACCUCGAUCUCACCACAGUUUUGACACCCAACAAUACAAAAUAAGAGAAGAAAGUAAAAUUAUCAACAGAAAUAAUUUUAAAACUCAUAAAAAACAUAUAUUAGUGGAAGAAAUGCCUAUAUUAUCACCCAAAAAAAGUUUUGAAGAGCUGAUGGUUGAGAAGCUUAAUAAUGAAAACACAUUACCAGUUCAAAAAACUGAAAAGAAGUCCAAUCAUAACAAAAAACCAUUUUUAAAGAGAGGUGAGGGAAUGUCUAGGUUUGGUAUCAGUAAAAAUGUACUUGUUAUUCAGAAUACUAAAUCAUUACCUUGGAGAAAAAGGUCUAUUACACCAAAUACUGCAAAACGACAUUCAUUACAACAGUUGGAAAGAGAUAAAAAUGAAAUUAAAAAUAUAGGUGAACAAGUGACAAAAUUAGCUUGUGAUAAAAUAAAAAAUUUAAAUCUUAUUGAAACAGAAAGUAUUGAUGCAACAUCAAAAGAUCUGUUUGUGGAUACAAGUAAAAUUAAACAAACCAUACCGAGUAAAAAAGAAAUUAGUAAUGAUAGGUCACCUAAAUACAAUAAACUUACUACAAAUGAUAGUAAAAAUAAAAGUAUAUUGAAGUCUCCACCUAUUAAAGUAAGUGGAAAAACUUGGGCAUCAGUCCUGACCAAAGAACAAGACGACUUCCUUAGGCAACUCAAACAAAGUGAUUACUAUAAAAACUUUGCCUCUCCAACUAAAAGUAUAGAGUCAGAGUAUAGUGUUUGUGGGGAAAUUUCUAAAUCAACAGAUGAAAGAGAAAUUAUUGAACAAAAAAUUUUUGAGUUAAUUGAAAAUAAAGUUGGACAUGAAAGCUUUAACAUGGAAAACUCUUUUAUUAGUAAUUUUUUAAGAAAAAGAAACUUGGAGGGUUCGGGCGAGAGCACACCAUUAGUGAUGCAAAGAUGUUUGUCUAACAAUCCAGCAUUAAUGCACAUUUCACCUAACCUGAAUCAGGAACAUACUAAUUCCCACAGAGAUAUAGAAUAUUCUCGUGCUAGUGACUAUUCUGACUGCAAUGAGUCAUGCUGUGCUACAGAAAGUUCUUGUUCCUGUAGUACAAUUACACAAAAAAGUGUUAGUAAAGAAAGUAGUAUUCUCAAAGAUAAGCAAAGAGGUAAAAGUAUGAAUACCAAAAAUAAAGAAAAUAUUGCAUGUCAAAAAGAGAGUGUUGUAAAGCCUGACAGUGUGAAAGAUUCUGACAAUGACACAGUAAAUGAAAACAUGGUUGAAAUGAAUGCAAAAUUAAUUGCUACAAGUGAAUUGUUAAAAGAAAGACUUCAUGAGCUAGAAGAUGAAAUUGAAACUUUUAGAAAAGAAAAUGCAAACUUAAAUAAAAUGAGAGAGGAAGUUGACAUAGAACGACAGAAAUUUUAUGAAGAAAAAGCUGCAUUUGAGCAAAAAUAUAAUGAGGACAAGGUUUUGUCAGAGUACUAUUUAGCUGAAGAAAAAGAAAAAUUAGCAAAACAAAGACAGUUAUAUGAGAGAUAUGUAAGAGAUAUGAGAGGAAAACUAAGUAAAAGAGAAAAAGAUGAAGUUAGCAAUUUGAAGAAAGAAAUAAUUGAUAUGAAGGAAGAAAUUAAAAUUAAAGAUGCUAAGUCUACAUCUACAAUUGCUAGACUACGCAAUCAAAUAAAGCUAAUUGAAAAAGAUAAAAAGGCCUUGGAAGGUGAAGUGGAAAAAUUAAAAAAAGAAAACAGAAGAAUUCAACACAGCAAUGACAUGACUAGAAGGUUGACAAAUUUAAAAUAUUUAGAGCAAAUAAAUAAAAAGCUCUCAGAUAUGACUUUAAGAGAUACACAAUCAAAUUUAGAGUUGGAUUCUAAUAUAAAAUAUAAAGCAUUUGAAAUUGAAAAACAGAGUCUAGUAAGUAGAAAUAAAGCACUAAAACCUAGAACUAGAGCAAAGAGUGUGCCAAACCUUAAUGUUACAUCAAAAUAUGCUAAAUAUUUCAGUCAAAAAGAUAGUAUGAGCGACAAAGAUAAAUAUCCACUAUCUACUUCAUAUGUAACAACAGCCGCUGAUCCUUGUGAUAAUAAUAAUUCUGUUGUAGAAAACAAUGAUGGCAGUAGCUCAAAGUAUAACUCAGAUGACGAAAAUUACUUGGAAAGAAUAUACAAUGAACGAUUUAAGUCUAAUUCACCUCCAAGCAAUAAGUCAAGUGAAACAAAUUUAAGUUACAGCUCAGACAAAAAUAAUUUUUGUGAUAAGAAGGACACAAAUGAUUUCUUUAUAGAGAAAUCACAUUCGGUGUCCACAAGUAGAGGAAGUCUUACUCCAUCCGACAGACUAUCAAAUAUAUCUAAAUCUAAAAAUCAGAGAAAAACUGUGACAAAUAUUGAAAAUGGUGAUGACAAUAAUGUACAAAAUAGUUAUGGUGUCAAUAGAAACAAGUCACCUGUUUCUAUUCUUAGUAAUAGAUCUUCUGGUAGUCAAAAACCAAUUACAGUAAUUAAUAAUGAAGAUACAAGAUUGAUUCCUAGCCCUGAACCGACAAUAAGCAAAACAAGCUUAAAUCCAACCGAAUAUAUAAAAGCAGAUGGAACUAGAGAGUUGAGGUUUCCCAAUGGCAACGUUAAAACAAUUUCAAGUGAUGGUCAAUACAGUAAAUUUAUGUACUACAAUGGCGAUAUAAAGGAAAAUUUUUUUAAGGAUGGCAGAGUUAAAUACUUUUAUGCUGAGUCUAAAACAUAUCACACUACACAUCCAGAUGGUUUGGAGGUCCUGGAAUUUCCAGAUGGUCAGAUUGAAAAACGUUACAAGGAUGGAUCUUCAGAGAUCAGAUUGCCCAAUGGCAGUAUAAGAUACUUUGAUCCAAAGAAUGAACAUGUGCGUGAAGAGUGGAGAUUUCCAGAUGGAACUGCACUUACAAUUUCUGCUAACGGUGAACAGCGAAUAGUAUUUCCAAACGGACAGAUUGAAUUUCACACAAAAGACCAUAAACGUCGCCAAUUUCCGGACGGCACAGUGAAACUGGUGUACAAUGAUGGCACUUCAGAAACGAGGUAUGCAUCUGGCCGUGUCAGAAUCAAAGAUAAACAUGGCAAUUUGAUAAUGGACUCAGCUACGGGAUGACGCGGAAGUUGUUAUUUAAAUUACAGGCUUGUUUUAUAUCCCUAUAGCAAAUAUGUAUUUCCACUAAACCAUUCUGAUCUAUGGAUUUAAAAAGUAAAAAAAAAAAUAUUUAUAAGACUCAAAAGUAUUAAUUAAAAUUGACUAUAAGAUUGAUUGACUAAAUUAAGAUUGACUACUAUUAUUGACCUAAAACUACAAAUAAACUUAAUUUUCAUACAGUUUUCACAACACCUAUUGCUUACACAUCUACAUUAUUAAUAAUGGUGUGAGACAAUUUAUAUUAAUACAAGUUAAUGACACCGGUCUCAUAGAUAAGUGUGCAGAUUCCAUUUACCAGUCUCGACAUUAAUUCGUCCACUGAUGUUAAUAACCCUUGUUGUCAGUGAUACCAUCCUUAUCUAAAUGUGGACUUAGCUCUACCUUCCCCAACACUUCCUCUCUAUAAAUUUGUGUCCUAAACCAACUUUCUCACAACCUCUCUAUAUUGUUAAACCACAUAAAUAUCCCUUCUGUAUAGGCUAAGUAAUUAUGUAUAAUUUAAAUUUUCUUCCCAUACAUGUAAAUAAUUAUAUUCUGUAUUUAUAUAAAUUUAAAUUUAAAAAACUUCGAAAACUUUUAAAUUAAUUAAAUUUGUAAAUUAACCUCUCUUUUUCUCUAGGACUGAAAUUGUAAAUCUGUGAUACAAAUUGUUCACUGUUAUUGCUCUGCACUUUUAAACAAUUAUAAAUUGGAUAGAUAUUAAUAAUGAUAGUUAAUUUAAUAAAAUAAUAUA